CAUUACGAAGCUGUGGCGUAACCAAGGGAGCAGACAAGAUGGCAGAAAUGCAGAUGGACCAAGACCUGGCCCAGCGGCUCUUUUUUGAGGGGGCCACAGUAAUCAUUUUGAAUAUGCCAGAAGGAACGGAGCUUGGUAUUGACUACAACACUUGGCAAGUGGGUCCCAAGUUCCGGGGAAUCAAGAUGAUCCCCCCAGGCAUUCAUUUCCUUCAUUACAGCUCUGUCAGUAACCACAAUAGCAAAGAAAGUGGUCCUCGCAUGGGUUUUUUCUUGAACUUGCAGCAGCGAGAUCUGCAGGUGUUUUACUGGGACCGUGCCAAAGAGGAAGUGGAUCUCACCCCAGCACCUGAAAACGAGAUCGAAGCCAUGAGGGCCAACUUGCAGGAAAUGGACAAGUUUAUGGGUCCCUUCCCAUAUGACACGCUGAAGAAAUGGAUCUCCCUCACUAAUUUCAUUAAUGAACCAGUAAUGCAGAAGCUGCAACCAGAAAGUAGACAGAUUUGUGCCUUUUCUGAGGUGCUGCCUGUUUUGGCCGGGAAGUAUACUAAAGAUCGGGUCGAGCAGAACUUGCCCCCGUAUGACACGGAGUGCAAAAGCUACGCCGAGGGCCUGGCCAGGCUUCCCCAAAUGCAGGUGAAAGCUGGCACGGAGAUCCGGUUCACAGAAAUGCCUAAGCAAAUGUACCCUCUAGGCGCUACCCCUGAGGAAAUUACAAGGCACAGUAUGGACCUUAGCUAUGCCUUGGAGACUGUGAUCAACAAACGGUAUUCCAGCAACGCCCAGGAUGUGCUCGGGGAGUUGCAGUUUGCCUUCAUCUGCUUCCUGAUUGGGAACGUGUAUGAUGCAUUUGAGCACUGGAAAAAACUCCUGAGUCUCUUAUGCAGGUCUGAGGAUGCCAUAGCAAAGCAUCACUCCCUGUUCAUCAACCUCAUCUCUGUCCUGUACCAUCAGCUCAGCGAAAUCCCAGCAGACUUCUUUGUGGAUAUCGUCUCCCAAGACAACUUUUUGACCAGCACCUUACAGGUGUUCUUCUCCUACACCUGUAGCCCAGCUGUUGACCGGACCCUAAGGAAGAAGGCAGAGAGAUUUAAGAUCCACCUAACAAAGAAAUUCAAGUGGGACUUUGAGGCCGAACCAGAGGACUGUGCUCCAGUAGUUGUAGAGCUGCCAGAAGGGGCACUUGUGGUUUGAACGA